AUGGCCGCCCCGAGCCCGGGGCCCCGCGAGGUCCUGGCCCCCUCCCCAGAGGCUGGAUGCAAAGCAGUCACCUCAAGUUCCGGCCGCCGGGGCCUUCUCUGGCGUCUCCGAGACAAGCAGCUGCGCCUCGGCCUGUUUGAGAUCAGCCCGGGACAUGAGCUGCACCGGCUGACGUGUAUGAUGCAGGCAGGGCUCUGGGCUGCCACCCAGGUCUCCAUGGACCACCCGCCCAGGGGGCUGCCCACUGAGGAGGACUUCUCCGAGGUCCUGACCCAGGUUCACAAGGGCUUCGAGCUGGGCACCCUGGCUGGCCCUGCCUUCGCCUGGCUGCGCCACUCCCUAGGCCUGGCCGAGGAGGACUAUCAGGCCGCCCUGGGGCCCGGGGGCCCCUACCUGCAGUUCCUCAGCACCUCCAAGAGCAACGCCAGCUUCUUCCUGUCCCACGACCAGCGCUUCUUCCUGAAGACCCAGCGGCGCAGGGAGGUGCGGGCGCUGCUCGCGCACCUGCCCCGCUACCUGCAGCACCUGCAGCGGCACCCGCACUCCCUGCUGGCUCGGUUGCUGGGAGUGCACAGUCUGCGGGUGGCCCGGGGCAAGAAGAAAUACUUCAUCAUCAUGCAGAGCGUCUUCUACCCCGCCGGCCGCAUCGCCGAGAGGUAUGACAUCAAGGGCUGCGAGGUGAGCCGCUGGGUGGAGCCGGCCCCUGAGGGCAGCCCCGUGGUCUUGGUGCUGAAGGACCUCAACUUUCAGGGCAAGACCAUCGACCUGGGGCCCCAGCGGAGCUGGCUCCUCCGGCAGAUGGAGCUGGACACCGCCUUCCUCCGGGACCUCAACCUGCUGGACUACAGCCUCCUGAUGGCCUCCCAGCACCUGCAGGACGACGAGCGGGGCCCGGGCAGCAGCCUCGUCUUCCGCACAGCCAGGUCUGUGCAAGGGGUACAGAGCCUGGCUGAGCCGGGAGCGCAGAACCUUCGGCUGCUGCCUGAUGGCCCCAACGCCCUUCACAUCGUGGACGGACCGGAGCAACGCUAUUUCCUGGGCCUUGUGGACCUCGCCACCGUCUACGGGCUCCGCAAGCGCCUGGAGUACCUGUGGAAGACGCUGCGCUACCCCAACCGGGCCUUCUCCACCGUCAGCCCGGCUCUCUACGCGCGCCGCCUCUGCCAGUGGGUGGAGGCGCACACCGAGUGACCGAGUGACCGGCGCGGGGCCGCGCUCUCCCCGUCUGGACAAUGGGCACAGGCCCGGAAUGCAUGUUCCAGCUGGGUCGGGCUCCCCCAGCCUGCUGUUCCUCCAUCCGGCCUCCAGAGGGCAGCAUUCUCCAACUAAUAUGACAACCUUAUUUAAUGGCGAUGCUGUGCCUGGCUGGUAUUUUGCCAGGGACUCCCCAUGUUAGCUCAUGUUAGCCUCAAAAAAAAAAAAAAAAUGCUAUUAUUCUCUUUUUACAGACCAUGAGAUGGAGGCUUAUGGGCUGAAGGGACUGAGCAAGAUCACUCAGCAAUAAAUGCUGGAACCAGGACUCGACUGUGCCUU